AUUGGAAACAUGGCUCCCUGCUGUGGUCUCGUCACAUCAGCGAUGGUUCCAGUCCCCCUAAAGGGGAUCUCGGUGGACGUCCAGGUGAAAGGCUUCGUGGCCGACGUAUCUGCUACUCUGAAGUAUAAGAACUUGGAGGAGAAUGCGGUGGAAGCCGUCUUCGUGUUCCCCAUGGAUGACGACUCUGCCGUCUACAGCUUUGAGGCGACGGUGGAAGGGAAGAAGAUUGUGGCAGAAAUCCAGGAGAAGGAGCAGGCUCAUAAAACCUACGAUGAAGCCGUCAGCCAGGGCCAGCAGGCCUUCCUACUGGAGGAGGACGAGAGCUCCGGGGACAUCUUCAGCUGCAGCGUGGGGAACCUGCUCCCGGGGCAGGAGGCGGAGGUGACUCUGUGCUUUGUGCGGGAGCUGCCGGUGGAGGCGGAUGGAGCGGUGCGUUUUGUGCUGCCGGCCGUGCUCAACCCCAGAUACACUCCAGAAGGAGAAAAGCACAGCGUUACGAUGGAGACCCCUGCGCUGUCUGUUGACCGGAUUCCGUACACGUUGACCAUGAACACUCACUUCCAGUCUGCAAACGCCAUCUCAAAGGUUGAGUCUAGCAGUGCCAUUACCCCUUUGGAGUACACUAACGAGGAUAAGACGGCGGCCAAGGUGUCCCUGGCUGAGGGUCACAAGUUUGACCGAGACGUGGAACUUCUUGUCUAUUACGCGGAUGUGAACAAACCUAGUGUCAUUGUAGAGACGGGGCUUCCGGAUAACGAAGCAGGUUCCAUGUUGGCUGAGCCCGUGGUCAUGUUAAACUUCUACCCCAGCUUCCCCGUUACACAAGCGCAAUCUAACUGCUGGGAGUUCAUCUUCGUGAUGGAUAGAUCUGGAAGUAUGACCUGUAACAUGAAUCAAGAGCCAAAUUCUCCAUCUCGAAUCCAAAGUGCCAAGGAGACGCUGGUCCUUCUGCUGAAAAGCUUACCACUUGGUAGCUACUUCAACGUAUUUGGAUUCGGGUCAACGUUCGAGUCCUUCUUCCCGGAAAGCGUGGCGUACACCCAGGAGUCCAUGACGGAAUCCAUAAAGAGGAUUAAUGAACUUGAGGCGGAUCUUGGAGGAACAGAAAUCCUGCAACCCUUACAAAAAAUCUACAAGACGGCGGUGAGGCCCGAGCACCCCAGACAGCUCUUUGUCUUCACGGACGGGGAAGUUUCCAACACGAAGGGUGUGAUUGCCGAGGUUCGCAGAAACUCCCCCAAUCACCGAUGUUUCACUUUUGGGAUCGGGGAAGGAGCCUCCACCGCGCUUAUUAAAGGCAUGGCCGGCGCUGGGAACGGCACCUGCGAGUUUAUUACGGGCAACGAGAGAAUGCAGCCCAAGGUUCUGAGGACCCUGAAAUGCGCCUUGCAGCCCAUAGUAAGGGAAGUGACUCUGACAUGGACUCUCCCUCCUGGCCUGGAGGCCGUAACGAUCUCCAAAGCCCCCAGCGCCAUUUUCCAGGGCCAGCGCUCUAUUGUCUAUGCCCAGCUGAAGGGACAGGUGGAUGAGAACGCGGAAGGUAAAGCCAGUCUUACCUACAAAUUUAAAGAAGAAGUCUUCACAAAUGAUCUGGAAUUACCCCUGAAAUCCGAGAAGACUGAGAGGCCCACCAUCCACAGGUUGGCAGCCAAGGCUCUGAUCUCUGAGCUAGAGGGCGACGCUGACUCUGAGGAGGUGAAAAAGAGGAUCUUGGAGACCAGUCUCCAGUCGGGAGUCAUCUCCUCCCUUACGGCCUAUGUGGCCAUUGACAAGGAAAGCAAGAGCCUUGUUGAGGGUCCUCCGGUGCGUCGUGACAUCCCACAUCCAGCAAUGCCCUACAUGGCUCGUUGCAUGGCUGGCCCCCCGGUACCCAUGCUGGACAUGGUAAUAGAACUUUGUGAAGCUCCAUCGAUUAGAGAGAGAGGAACAUGCGCCGCUGCAGAGUCCUUGGAUCAGCCAGGCGGGAAUGCGGGGGCAUCCGAAGUCCCAGAAAUUGCAGUCUGCAGUAUAUUUGGCCCAGAGUCUGACUCCAAAAUUCCGGACCAACCAGAACCAGGUUUAUCGUCUUCUGACCCAGAAACCGAGCAGACCCCUGCUGUCUUCAGGCUGAUCACGCUGCAGAACGCUGACGGCUCCUGGGACCCUAGUUCAGAAUUGGCCUCUAUCCUGGGCGUGUUGGAGGACUUCACAGAGAACCGCCCCGAACAGGCUGUGGAAACCCCCGUGUGGACCACGAUUCUUGCUCUACUCUGGCUUCACACAUCGGGUCUGGAGCAGAGAGAUGAGUGGGAGCUUCUGGAAGGGAAGGCGCUGUCAUGGAUAAAGUCCAAAGCAGGGUCUUCUUUGGGCGAGUUAGUCCAAGCUGGGAACGCCCUGCUGAAAUCCUCCGUGGCUCCUGACGUGUUCGGCGUAUAACCGAGGAACAGGCUGGUGGAAAACCAAAGACGGCGAAAGGCUUUACCCCCAACUUCUCCAACCUUCUUCCACCGCAGACUGCGUUACUGGAAUAAGUGAAGCGGCAACCAAGAAAACGUCUCAAAUCCCCGAUUUCACACAAACCGUGUGUGUGGGGGGGUUAAUUUGUUCCCCUAUAAAGGACCAACAGGACGGGUCUGAUAUCUGUCAUACUGUAGAAUGCUAUAGUUAUCUGUGCAACAUUGUAGCAUCUCGCUGGUGUCCAGUUAAAUAAAUCUCUUGGGUUAAAGUUGA